CGGAGCUGAUACAACAGGCAGCCCUUAGGAGUGAGCACCGCAACAAUACAAUGAUCCACUCACGCCCGGACGUUUAGCGAGGAAAACUCCCCGGCUGCGGACCAGCUGCGGAGCGCAUCAGUCUAGUAGUGCUGCGUGUUUGAGAACAGGCCAACAGAGACUUGUCACGUCGCAUCGUCGGCCCGGACUUCCUCCUGACUGACAAGCCAGCACCGCGAUCCACAAGCCCGGCUGCAUCGUUUGCUCUGAUCCCCCAUCCCCGGCCUGGCUCCUGCAAGUGGAGAGGAAGAAUCGGACCCUGUUGCUGUUUUCUUUCUUGGCUGUUAGGAAGCAGAUCGAAAGCGUUGGUUUUUGUUGACACGCGAAAUCUGGUUUUCCGUGUGGUUAUUUUCCAUUUAGAUUCACAUCGAAAACACCUACAGCUAUCUGCGACAAAGAUCUCCGAUUUCUCCAGUCCGAUCGCUCCAGCAACACUCCAUAGGAGACGUUGCGUUUGGUUACUGAUGCGGUGGGACAGGGUAGCUAGCUGGCUAGCUAUUAAGCGGCGCCUGGGAUUUGAAUCGGGAUUUACAAUGAAUGCGACAUUGUCUGAGGUCCUCUUGUCAUAACAGAUCUCUAGCUAGCUUCCUAAAAUAAGUCCCCGCUAGGCUCCCAAGACAAGGAGAAGGGGUUUCCUGGCCAGGAAGACACGUUGUUGGCUUGCUAGCAAACAAGCUAGCUAGGUAAUUAUGUGUAGCUAGCUAAACUGAAAGCAAGAUAAAGGUUUAGCUAAUUUACAUUAAGGAGAUGGGUUUAUGAUUUAGUUUGCUAGCAGGCUAGAAUGAAUGUUAGUACUAACGUUGACUAAGCGCUAAAAAGCAAACAAGUUAGAUAUUUGACGUAGCCGGGCUAACUAUAUUAUUUUAUCUCCCUUUGUUUUAGUCAAAGUUUUUAGAGUUCCAGCAUUCAAAUAUGGAUUUUAAUUGAAAACAAAGUACCUCACUAGAUAAAAGGAAUUUGGUUAAAUUUGCUACAUUAACUAGGUGGAUAGUCAGAUGAAUACGCGCCUUUUGGAUUGAUGGAUUAAAAGCGUUCUGGAUGUCAACGAAAUAGGAUUUUAACUGGAAGUUACCGCUGCGAUGCAAAAGGAAUUAAUACCCGACAUUAGUUUUCCCGAACUGUGAGUCUGGAUUUUGGAUUUUCUCCUCUUUACAGCUGUUGGAUUUUUAUAGAUUUUUCCCUCGUUUCUUGGCUGUGGUGGAUACGAUUUUCAUCCCGUCUCCUCCUCCUCCCCCCCUCCUGCCCCCCUCGCUGUCCGAUGCCGAAUAUCUGAGUAACUCCAGUAUCUGUCCCCCCGCGGCGGCCUGAGAUGCUGAAGUGUAUCCCGCUAUGGCGGUGUAACCGCCACGUCGAGUCGGUGGACAAGCGGCAUUGUUCUUUGCAAACGGUCCCCACUGAAAUAUACCGCUACAGUCGGACCCUGGAGGAGUUGCUGCUCGAUGCCAACCAACUUCGUGACCUCCCUAAGCCCUUCUUCCGGCUGUUGAACCUGCGGAAACUCGGCCUCAGUGACAAUGAGAUCCAGAGACUGCCGCCAGAGGUGGCCAACUUCAUGCAGCUGGUGGAGCUGGAUAUCUCCAGGAACGACAUUCCCGAGAUCCCCGAGAGCAUUAAGUUCUGCAAGGCGCUGGAAAUCGCAGACUUCAGUGGAAACCCCCUCUCCAGACUGCCGGAUGGCUUCACCCAGCUCCGAGCUCUGGCCCACUUGUCUCUAAACGAUGUGUCUCUGCAGGCAUUGCCAAACGACAUUGGCAACUUGGCCAACCUAGUGACGUUUGAGCUGCGGGAGAAUCUUCUGAAGUCCCUGCCCACGUCCCUGUCCUUCUUGGUGAAACUGGAGCAGCUGGAUCUCGGCAGCAAUGAGCUGGAAGUGCUGCCGGACACACUGGGGGCGCUGCCCAACCUCCGGGAGCUGUGGCUCGACCGGAACCACCUAUCCCAGCUGCCACCGGAGCUGGGGAACCUUCGGAGGCUGGUGUGUCUGGACGUGUCAGAGAACCGUCUGGAGCAGCUGCCCCCGGAGGUGAGCGGCCUGGUGGCCCUGACCGACCUGCUGCUGUCCCAGAACCUGCUGGAGGUGAUCCCCGACACCAUCGGCGCCCUGAAGCAGCUGUCCAUCCUGAAAGUGGACCAGAACCGGCUGACCCACCUGACGGACUCCAUCGGGGAGUGCGAGAACCUGUCGGAGCUGAUGCUGACAGAGAACCUGCUGCAGAGUCUUCCUCGCUCUAUGGGCAAGCUGAAGAAGCUCACCAACCUGAACGUGGACCGUAACCGGCUGUACAGCGUUCCCGCGGAGCUGGGGGGGUGUGCCAGCCUCAACGUGCUCUCACUGCGGGACAACCGCGUGGGCAAGCUGCCCGCCGAGCUAGGGGGCGCCACUGAGCUGCAUGUGCUGGACGUGGCGGGGAACAGGCUCCAGAACCUCCCCUUCUCCCUGACCAAUCUGAACCUGAAGGCCAUGUGGCUGGCAGAGAACCAGUCUCAGCCCAUGCUCAAGUUCCAGACGGAGGAUGACACACGUACCGGGGAGAAGGUGCUCACCUGCUACCUGCUCCCCCAGCAGCCUUCCCCCAGCCUCGAAAACCUGCUGCAGAACAGCGUGGACGACAGCAUCACCGACACCAACCUGAACCGCGUGUCCGUCAUCCACUUCCAGGACGGCGCCAAGGACGAGGAGGAUGACGAGGAGAAGGACGCCGAGCGCAGGGGUUUGCAGCGGAGAGCAACGCCUCACCCCAGCGAGCUGAAGGUGAUGAAGAAGGUGAUCGAGGAGAAGAGGAAUGAGGCGUACACAGCCCGGCCUGACGAGGAGGACAGCCCCGACACUGAGGAGAAGCGCCUCAGCGGGCUGUCCAAUCAGAGCCAGGACUCCCACGCUUCCAGCAGCACUGCAUCCGCAGGCUCCAACGAGGAGAGGCGGGGCCUGAGCACCACGUGGGCGGAGCCAGUCAACGGGCAGGGCCACGAGGAGGACGGGGAGGAGCCGGAUGAGAUGGAAGACGAAUAUAUCGAGCCCACAGUGCACUUUGCCGAGGAGCCCAUCAUCCGCGGGGGCGAGGAGGACGAGGAGGGUGGCGAGGAGGACGAGGAGGCGGACGGGGAGCGCAGCGACGAGGACCCGCCGCCCGCGCCGCCCGCCGAGAAGCAGCGGCUGAUCCGCAAGGACACGCCGCACUACAAGAAGCACUUCAAGAUCACCAAGCUGCCCAAGCCCGAGGCGGUGGCCGCGCUGCUGCAGGGCUUCACCCGGCCGCAGUCCGACCGCGAGGACGAGGACGAGCCCGAGGGCCCCCGCCAGCCCGACGCCGAGGACAGCGCGCUGGCCGACCGCACCAACGCCUCCCUGCAGCCCAUCAAGGGGGUGUCAUUUGAUCAAGUCAAUAAUCUGCUGAUUGAACCUGCUCGUAUUGAGGCGGAAGAGCUCACGCUGACCAUCCUUCGACAGAGCGGGGGUCUGGGGAUCAGCAUCGCCGGGGGGAAGGGAUCCACGCCCUACAAAGGGGACGACGAGGGCAUCUUCAUCUCCAGGGUGUCUGAGGAGGGCCCUGCAGCCAGAGCUGGGGUCAAAGUAGGAGACAAACUGCUGGAGGUGAACGGGGUGGACCUGCACGAGGCGGAGCACCAGCGGGCGGUGGAGGCCCUGCGGAGCUCGGGCGUGUCCGUCUCCAUGACGGUGCUGCGGGAGCGCAUGGUGGAGCCGGAGAACGCCAUCACCACCACGCCCCUGCGGCCCGAGGACGACUACUUCCCCCGCGAGCGGCGCAGCGGCCUGCCCCUCUGCAUGGAGCCCGCCUCCCCCGACGGGCCCCACCAGCGCCUCUCCGCCUGCCUCGUCCGCAACGACAAGGGGCUGGGCUUCAGCAUCGCCGGCGGCAAGGGCUCCACCCCGUACCGCACCGGCGACACCGGUAUCUUCAUCUCCCGCAUAGCCGACGGCGGGGCUGCUCACCGUGACAACACGCUGCACGUGGGAGACAGGGUCCUCGCUAUCAAUGGUGUGGACAUGACAGAGGCCAGGCAUGACCAGGCAGUAGCGCUGCUUACCGGCACGUCCCCCACCAUCACCCUGCUGGUGGCACGCGAGCUGGCGUCCCCCGGGGGCUCCCCGGCCACCACCCGGCGCCCGCACUCCCCCCCGCCCCCCGAGCCCAGCGACGGCCCCGAGCAGGACGACCGGGGUGAGGGCAGCGCCUCUCCCCAGGGCAACCACCUGAGCCGGCCGCUGGAGGACCAGUACCCCAUGGAGGAAGUGACUCUGGUGAAGACGGGCGGCCCCCUGGGGCUGAGCAUCGUGGGAGGCAGCGAUCACGCCAGCCACCCGUUUGGAGUCAGCGAGCCAGGCGUGUUCAUCUCUAAGGUGGUCCCCCAGGGCCUGGCGUGUCAGAACGGGCUGCGUGUGGGCGACCGCAUCCUGGAGGUGAACAGCAUCGACCUGCGGCACGCCACCCACCAGGAGGCCGUCCACGCCCUGCUGUCCAACCGGCAGGAGAUCCGCAUGCUGGUGCGGCGCGACCCGGCCCCGCCCGGCAUGCAGGAAAUCGAGAUCCACAAGCAGCCCGGGGAGAAGCUCGGCAUCAGCAUCCGAGGAGGCGCCAAGGGCCACGCCGGCAACCCCUUCGACCCCACUGACGAGGGCAUCUUCAUCUCCAAGGUGAGCUCGAGCGGGGCGGCGGCGCGGGACGGCCGGCUGCAGGUGGGCAUGCGCAUCCUGGAGGUGAACGGGCACAGCCUGCUGGGCAUGACCCACGCCGAGGCCGUGCGCGUGCUGCGCUCCGUCGGCGACGCGCUGGCCGUGCUGGUGUGCGAGGGCUUCGACCCCCGCGCCGCGGCCGCCAUCGAGUCCUCGCCCGGCGUCAUCGCCAACCCCUUCACGGGCGGCAUCGGCCGCAAGAACAGCAUGGAGAGCAUCUCGUCCAUCGACAGGGAGGCCAGCCCCGAGGACACGGACAGCGUCCAGAAGAUGGAGAUGGAGCGUGACCCCUCGCCGUGGGCCAGAGAGGAAAUGGAGAAAGUGAACUUCAGCACCGCCCCUCUGAAGCUGGACUACAAGACGCUGGCUGCGCUGCCCACCACCAGCCUGCAGAAGGUCAACCGGACUUCCUCCUCUGAGCCCCAGGGGGUGAACAGCCCCAGCAGGGACAGCCCUUACUCCCCCAGCAGCCAAUCGACAAACGUUAAUCUCAUUUCCAAUGCUUCUCCUAAGGAGAACCCUCUGACCAGGCCCGGGGUGAUCCAGCCUAUCUCUCGCGUGUGGCAGAGCAGCACACCGUCCCCCAAUCAGGACGGCCGAGGCAGUCCCAGCCCGUUCCUGCACGGCCCCUCCCCCGUCGGCUCGCCGGCCUCUCAGCCUCGCGCCCCUCUCCCUCUGUCGCCCGACGAGUUCCCCGUCAAUUUCAAGCAGGCGUACAAGGCCUUCGCGGCCGUGCCCCACUCGCUGGCCGUGCUGGAGCCUCGGCAGGAUCCCCUUGGCCAAAAGAACCACAUUCAGCCCAAGCAUCCUUCGCUAGAGCCCGAGCUGGAUGAGGUGUUUGAGGAGAAGGGCGCGGGCGACGGGCAAGGAGCAGGGGGCACGGCCCCCAUCUCCCCCCGCCCGUCCCUGUCCUCCGACCGCAGGGAGUACCUGAGCCUGGCGGCCGUGCCCCGCCUCUCCCGGCCCUCCCUGGAGCUGCAGACCCCGCCUCCCAGCGGGCGUGGCAGCCCGGAGCAGCGCUCCUUCAGGGACCGGCAGAAGUACUUCGAGAUUGACGUCAAGCAGCCAACGCCCGACAGCAAACCCAAGCCCCGGGUGUCUCUGGUGGGCGAGGACGACCUGAAGAAGAUGAAGGAGGAGGAAGCACGGAGGUUGGAGCAGAACACCCGGGACUACCUGCUGGACGAGGAUGAGGAGGAGGAGGAGGAAGAGGACCUGGCCAAGCAGGUGGCGGAGAUCAAGGCCCAGGGCAAGGUGAUGCUGGACGGGGUGGAGUACAAGAUCGAGAGUGUGGCUAACCGCCGCUCCCCGCCCCCUGACCACUGUGCCACGCCCCCCGGCUACUCCACCACGCCACCUAGCUCAGGGCCCUCGUCGGUGGACGGGAAAGGGGAACCCAGCAGGAACUCCCUGGAGGACAGCUUCAGGCUGGAGAACAGGCCCAAUUCCAUGACUGGCCUGACCCCCGUGUACCCCGGGGAGUCGUGCGCGCCGAUCCGGACGGCCAAGGCGGAGCGGCGUCACCAGGAGCGCCUACGCAUGCAGAGCCCGGAGCUGGCGGCCAUCCCCGACAAGGAGCUGUCCCCCGCCGAGAGACGCGCGCUGGAGGCGGAGAAGAGGGCGCUGUGGAGGGCAGCGCGGAUGAAGUCACUGGAGCAGGACGCUCUCAAAGCCCAGAUGGUGAUCGCCAAGUCCCGGGACGCCAAGAAGCGCGGCGCCCUGGACCAGCUGUCCGAGUCGCCCUCCCCCGCGCCCACGCCCUCUCCCACGCCCCUGGAAGAUGCAAGCCCUCGAAGUGUGACGUCACCGGGCAGACUGUCCCCCGAUCCCGCUGACAGCGUUCACUUCCCUGACCACAGUCCCAGCAACGCCGCGCCCCACUCGGACUGCGACGCCCAGGUGUCCCCCUCUCUUCCCUCCACCUCGGCGCUGGAAGAGAUGGCGCUCUACAGCAACAAGCGCAAGCUGCGGCACGGCCGGCGCAGCCUGGAGACUGCCGUUCCCACAUAACGCUGCCCGCGCCGCCAGCCACUGACGACAGAGACCCACGCACACACACACACACAGACGCACUCACACACGCAUCCCCAACACACACACACACACUCACGCACGCUGCUUUAUUGACAGACGCAUUAAGGGCGUGUUUCCAUGGAAGCGCGCAUACUGCCUGUCGGGGCUGCCAUCUCUGUAAAUGAGGUGGGUCGUUGCUAUGGAGAUGAAGCCCACAGAUAGAAUGGAAACACCUUCACUAAUUCCUGGCUGUGACAGGCAAAGGGUCAGGGUGGGGCCACGCUGUUACGUAAAAAAAUAUGAAACCCACCCUGUUUUUAUA